GUAACGACCUUUGAUUCCAGUUUAAUGCCGGUUAAUAUUUCACUACCGGAGUGCUGUUGCUAUAUUGUUGUUGUCGGCUCUGGAAUUAUUACCUCCCAGAAAAACUGAGCUAAUUCACACGCUGCGUCGCUAAGACAGCGUUAAAUAAGUGGUGCAGUUAAUAACAUUUCAACAAACAUAUAUGAGAUACAAGUAAACUGUUUUCCCCGUUGUUCAAAAUGGAGGAAGAAGAGGAGGAAGCUGUUAGGAAUUACUGCAGGAGAAUGAUUCCUCGUGUCCGAGACAAACACCUCUGCUCCUCCUCUGAGGAGGAGAGCAGGAGACACAAAGGAGCCAGAGAGAGGCAGAGGACCCACUGUGAAAGACAAGUUGUAGCAGGGGACGUGUUUAGACAUCACAGGGAAUGUAACCUCCCUCUGCCAGACUGUACAACAGGAGAAAAAGGAGACCAAACCUCCCCCAAUCUAAUAUGUCAAGGUCCUGAAGUCCACACUGUCCCCCCUCAGCUCAUCUUAAUGCUCAGGCUCAAAACUUUCAAGGAGGAGAUGAAACGGGCUGCAGAGGUGGAGCUCCAUGAUCCCGCUGUCUGCAGUGUGUGUGAGCAGGAACAGGCCUCUCUGGCCUUGAGAAGUUUUAUCUGGAGGAAGAAGACACAACUGCGGUUCCAAACAGUGACGCAGACUAAACACACACACUGUGGCUACAGAGAGUGGGGGAGGCCUGCGAUGCCCCUCGAUGGAUUUGGGAGGAACUACUUGGAGAUGUGCGGGUCACAGCAACCUGAUGUUGCCUUAGCAACGGCUAAGGAACGUGGAGUUGCCCUGGCAACAGAUGAAAUGAGGGGUUACCCUGACAAAAACGCUACAGGAACUCAUUUAGCAAGACCUCGCUGUCCUUUUCCAGACAGAUAGCUGCAGACAUGAUGGGUACGGUAUUAAUACAGUGAAAGGGACAAUGUUGUGAUGGAGACUCUUUAUUUUGACGCAGGAUAAGCCAAUAAACACCAUCCAUAUGCUGAUGGUGGCAUUGCUGCUCAGCUUACAGCUGUGUUUAUGUUCACAGUGCUGGAAUGUAACAAAAGCGUAAUUUGGAGGCAUAUUUUAUAUUACUUUAAUACUUCUACUAUACAGUUUGAGGCCAAUAUUGUACUCUUUACACCACUACAUUUAGCUGACAGCUCUAGUUGAUUUUCAGUUCAGAUUCAACAUAAAAACAUGAUCAACUUACAAGAAAAAGUAUGUGAACCCUUUGAAAUGAUCUAGUUUCUGCAUUAAUUUGUUAUUAAAUGUGAUCUUAUUGCAUCUAAGUCCCAAGUAUAGACAAACACAAUGUGCUUAACCUAAUACCACACAAACAAUUAUAAUAUUUCAUGUCUUUAUUAGAGGUCGACCGAUAUAUCAGCCGACCGAUAUCGGGCCGUUAUAUAUCAGGCCGAUAUUUUCGUUUUUUACUUUUAUCGACAUCGGCCGAUACGUGCGUGCAUUUGCCAGCCAAUUAGCCCAUUUCACUGAACCAACACCAGGCAAGGCUCGGUGCAACAUCUGCCAUUCUCUGGUGAGCUGCUGCUGAUACCGGAAAAAAGAAAAAUACAUUGAAUAUGUAGAUCAUGUGAGGCGCCACCACCUUGAGGCCUAGAACAACAUACACAUUGAUUGCUAUCCAACUGUUAAUAUGUUUUGUUUGUUGUUCUUUUUCUGUUUAAAUUGAGACUUGUGUAACAUUUGUUAUCAUUGUGUCAUUUUUAUCAUGUAAAUGGAGGGAGAAAAGGCAAUAUCAGCUUCAAAUAUCAGCCCAAAAAAAUCGGCAGCACAUAUCGGGGAUCGGUUAAGACUGAUGUCAAAAUAAUCGGCAUCGGCAUUAAAAAAAACCUGUAUCGGUCGACCACUAGUCUUUAUUAAACAUUCAUUAAAGAAUUGUUGAUUUGCAUCAGACUGGAAGGGGUUACAAAGUAAUCUCAAAGACUUCAGGUAUUCACCAGCCCACAGUGAGACAAAUGGAGAUGAUUUAGUGCUGUGGCUACUCUCCCUAGAAGUGGGCGCCCAGCCGUGUUCACUCCAAAGGCCCAAUGCAGAAAGCUCAGUGAGGUAAAAAAGAACUCCAGAGAAACAAGUAAAGACCUGAAGGCAUCAUUGGAUCUGGUUAACAUCUCUAGUCAUGAGUCUACCACACACAUAAAAUUUGAACAGGCAUGGCUUCCAUGGCAGGACACCAUGGAGGAAGCUGCUGAUUUCCCAAAAAACAUCACUGCAUGUCUGAAGUUUGCCAAAGAGCACCUUGACACUCCACAACACUACUGGGAAAACCGUUAAUGGACUGAUGGAACUAAGGCUGACUUGUUCCUGAAGAACACGCAGCACUAGGUAUGAUGUAAAAAGGGCCCUGCAUUCCAAUAUGAGAACAUCAUCCCAACAGUGAAGUAUGAUGGAGGAACAUCAUGACUUGGGGCUGUUUGGCUGCCUCAGGGCCUGGACCACUUACUAUCAUUGAGCGGAAAAUGUAUUCCCAAUUUUAUCAAGGUAUUCUACAGGUUAAUGUCAGGGUGGAUGUCUGCCAGCUGAAGAUCAGUAGAAGUUGGCUGACGCAGCAGGACAAUAACCUUAAACAUCAAAGUAAAUCUACUUCAGAAUGACUUCAAAAAAGUAAAUCUGCCUUUUGGAGCAUCCCAUUCGGAGCCCAGACCUCAAUCCAAUAGAGAUGCUGUGGAAUGACCUCCAGAGAGCCGUUCACACCGGACAUCCUGUCCAUUUGGCUGAAGCAGUUCUGUCAGAAGAAUGGUCCAAAAUUCCUCCUGCAUGUUGUUCAGAUCUGAUCAGCAGCUAUCAGAAGAGUUUGGUUGAGGUUAUUGAUGCUAAAGGAGGUUCCACCAGUUGUUAAAUCAAGGGUUCAUUUACUUUUUCCACUAUCACUAUGAAUGUUUAAUGGAUGUGUUCAAUAAAGACAUGAAAUAUUAUAAAUGUCUGUGUGGUAUUAGGUUAAGCACAUUCAAGAAUAGAAUUGUCUAUACUUGGGACUUAGAUGCAGAUCAGAUCACAUUUUAUGACAAAUUAAUGCAGAAAACCAGGUAAAUUAAAAGGGUUCACAUACUUUUCCUUGCCACUGUAUAUCUGUUGACAGAUAUUAUUGGCCAAUAUAUGCUGUGAUGAAAACCUUUUUUAUACAAUCUAUAAUGCCGAAUAUGUUGCUUGGUGUCGGUAACUGAAACUGAACAGUAAUCUUUAUGUAGCUACUUAUUUUAGUCCCAGUUAUCAUUUAUAGAAUUGACUGACAGUGUAAUAUGUUGUCUGUAUAAUGUAUAAAAAUGUUAAAUAUGUUUUAAUUAAGUUUUAUGUUUGAGAAAGUAGCUCUCAGGGUACCUUUGCAGAGUGGUCAAAAUGGUAAAAAAUAAAAUAAAAUAAUAAUAAUUGUGCACAAUUCACAUGAAAAAAGGUCUAUUUUCAUUCUGGAAACUACAGCUCUAAUAUCAGUAUUGGCAUCAGUCUCAAAAAUGCAUAGACAAAUGCAUCAAUAUUAAUUAUCCAAUAAUAUAUUUGUAAUAUCUGAGUAGGGCUAUUCUGCAUAAUGAGUACUUUAACUUCAGUAAGUUUUGAAUGCAGGACUUUCACUUGUAGUGGAGUAAUUUCACAGUGUGGUAUUAAUACUUUACUAAGGUAAUGGAUCUGAAUACUUAUAUACACCAAUAGCUAAAACAAAUGUCUAGCCUUUGUUUUGGGUAUAAUAAAAAGAAGAAAAUGGAACAAGAUUAGUACAA